UAUUUCAUAACAGGUUUCGUUUGAGAGUUUGUAAUCGUUUGGAUCAACAAAAAAAAAAACAACGAAACUUCAUUCAACUUAAAACUGUACAACCAUAUCUCUCUCUCUUGUCUUUUUCUCUCCCGAGUUCACCAUUACCAUCAUCCAUCAUCAAUAUCAUUAACCUGAAGAUCCCGCUUUAUUGUUUUGAGUUUUGAGUUUAUUCGUCAUCAUCGUCUUCGGGAUGUUACCAUGAUAACAACAACGUAGAAAAUUUUCAACACUUUAUGCCCUCAAUUAGAUAAUUUUUGUUUGUAAUUCCAUUUCGUUUUAGUUUUGUGUUUUGAUUCGAUUGAAAUUCAAUUCCCCGAAAUAAAAAUGCAAGCCAUUCAACAAAACAACAAUAAUCAUUAUUAUCAUCAACCACCACCACCACCAUCAUCAUCAUCAUCAUCAUCUCAACAUCAAUUUCAAAUAAAAUGGGAUCCAAAAAACCUUGAAAUUCGUACACAUUCGGUUGAAAAAACAUUAGAACCAUUAGUUAUGCAAGUAACAACAUUGGUCAAUACAAAAGGACCAUCGAAAAAGAAAAAAGGUCGUUCAAAACGUGCACAUGUUUUGGUUGCAGCGGUGGAAAAAGCAACCGAAAAUUUUAUUAUUCGUGGUGAAGAAAUUGCCUUGGAAAAUCCGGAUAUAAAAAUGGAUAUGUUGGGUGCUGUUGAAGAAGUUCGAAAAGCAGGUGAAAUAAUGAGUCAAGCAUCAAGAGAAUUUGCUGAAGAACCAUGUUCAUCAAUCAAACGUAAUCAGAUGGUAAAAGCGGCAAGAAAUCUAUUAUCAGCCGUAACACGUUUAUUGAUUUUUGCCGAUAUGGUUGAUGUACAUCGUCUAAUGAAAUCAUUAGAAAUUGUUGAAAAUGAUUUGGAUAAAGUAAAAAAUGCAUCAAGUCAAGCUGAAUUAAUGGAAUCAUUUCGACAAUUUGGUCGUAAUACAGCUGAAUUAAUAAAUCUAGCCGCUAAACGUCAAGCCGAAUUAAAAGAUCCAAAAUUAAAAGAAGAUUUAGCUGCUGCAAGAGCUGUAUUGAAAAAAAAUUGUAUGAUGCUAUUGACAGCAUCGAAAGUUUAUGUUCGCCAUCCGGAAAUACCGGCUGCACGUGAAAAUCGUGAUUUUAUUUAUCGUCAAGUUUGUAAUGCCGUAACAACAAUUAGUGAUGUUGCACAAGGAAAAUCAAAUAAUCCGGAUAAUCUUAAUGGAAUCAUUUAUGAUGGACCAGGUGAAUUAGCAUCAGCAUUAGAUGAAUUUGAUGAUUCAAUUUUCAUAAAUCCAUUGAUUUAUAAUGAAAUAAAAAAACGACCUGAAUUAGAAGAACGUUUAGAAUCGAUAAUAAGUGGUGCAGCAUUAAUGGCCGAUUCAUCGUGUACAAGAGAUGAACGUCGUGAACGUAUUGUUGCUGAAUGUAAUGCCGUUAGGCAAGCAUUACAAGAUUUACUAUCGGAAUAUAUGUCAAAUGCAUCGAAAAAAGAACCAUCAGAAUCAUUGAAUAAAGCAAUUGAUCAUAUGACACAGAAAACAAAAGAUUUACGUAGACAAUUACGUAAAGCUGUUAUUGAUCAUGUAUCGGAUUCAUUUUUAGAAACAAAUGUUCCAUUAUUGGUAUUGAUUGAAGCAGCACGUAAAGGUGAUAUAAACGAAGUAGAAGAAAUGGCUAUAAUAUUUAAUGAACAUGCUGGAAAAUUGGUUGAAGUUGCAAAUUUAGCCUGUUCAAUGUCAAAUAAUGAAGAUGGUGUAAAAAUGGUACGGUUUGCAGCUAAACAAAUUGAAACAAUUUGUCCUGAAGUUAUAAAUGCAGCAAGAAUAUUAGCAACACGUUCAAAAUCCAAAUUAGCACAAGAAAAUAUGAAUUUAUUUCGUGAUUCAUGGAAUAAUCAUGUACGAAUUCUGACUGAAGCUGUUGAUGAUAUAACAACUAUUGAUGAUUUUUUGGCUGUUUCUGAAAAUCAUAUACUUGAAGAUGUUAAUAAAUGUGUUCUGGCAUUACAAGAAUCUGAUUCGGAUACAUUAGAUCGUACGGCAAAUGUUAUACGUGGACGUUCGGCACGUGUUUGUAAUGUUGUCGCUGCUGAAAUGGAUAAUUAUGAACCUGGUUUAUAUACUGAACGUGUUUUAGAAGCUGUACAAUGUUUACGUGAUCAAAUAAUGUCAAAUUUUGCUGAACGUGUAUCGAUUGCAGUGAAUAUUUUGAAACAGAAUCAACAGAAUUCGAAUCCAAAUCAAAAUGGUGAUAAACCAAUUGUUGAUGAAAAUGAAUUUAUUGAUGCAUCACGUUUAGUUUAUGAUGGUGUACGUGAAAUUCGUCGUACAGUUUUAUUGAAUCGUACUGUUGAAGAAUUAGAUUCUGAAACUGAAAUUGAAUAUGAAGACAAUAAUACAUAUGAAACACGUUCGAAAUCAAGCAUACAUACUGAUUUUGAUGAAUAUCCCGAAAUACAUGGUAUUAAUAAUGCACGUGAUGCAUAUCGUUUAGUACCGCAAGAAGAAAAAGAAAAAAUCGCUCAACAAGUUGAAACAUUUCGUACGGAGAAAAAUAAAUUCGAUAAAGAAGUUGCAAAAUGGGAUGAUACUGGAAAUGAUAUUAUUGUUAUUGCUAAACAAAUGUGUAUGAUUAUGAUGGAAAUGACUGAUUUUACACGUGGUAAAGGACCAUUGAAAACAACAAUGGAUGUUAUAAAUGCAGCGAAAAAAAUUUCCGAAUAUGGUACAAAAUUGGAUAAAUUUGCCAGGCAAAUUGCUGAACAAUGUCCAGAAUCAAGUACAAAAAAAGAUUUGAUUGCUUAUUUACAGAUGAUCAAUCUUUAUUGUCAUCAAUUAAAUAUAACAUCAAAAGUUAAAGCAGAUGUACAGAAUAUUUCCGGAAAUUUAAUCGUAUCUGGUUUGGAUAGCGCAACAAGUCUAAUUCAAGCGGCUAAAAAUCUUAUGAAUGCUGUUGUUUUAACAGUAAAAUCAUCAUAUGUUGCAUCAACAAAAUAUCCACGUAUUAAUGGACAGCUUAAUUAUCCAAUAUUUGUUUGGAAAAUGAAAGCACCGGAAAAGAAACCAUUAGUUAGACGUGAAAGACCGGAUGAAAUUCGUGCCAAAGUACGUCGUGGUUCACAAAAACGUAAUAUUGCACCAAUCAAAGCAUUAUUAGAAUUUCAAAGUAAUUCUGAUCGAGUUUAAAUCAAAAAACAAACAAAGAAUAUUCCCUCCAUUAAUCAUUUUCGAUGGCCUUUUUUUCAAAUCAAAAAAAAUUUCGAAAUCAAAAAU